UUGUCUCCCUUGAAAAGCAUAUCCAUGGAUUACGGAAUGAGCUGCGGAUGGGAUUCAAACUCGAAGGCGUUUGUGCAGGCUAAGGCACAGCGAUACAUCGCUUUUCACCCGUUGGCGAGUCGAAAGCGCGAUAAAGAGCAGCAAGGGCAGGGCAGUGAAGACAGUGAGGAUCAGCAUAAAAGCAUUCCUAGCGAAGAGCUCGGCUUGCAGCCGGAUGGAACCAUCGUAUUGCCGGGAAGAGAUUGGAUGUGCAUCGAUGCAGAGCACUAUUUCAACAUAACCUCGCUGAUGAAUGACUCGCGGUCUAUCCUGGAUGUUCAUUUCGAGGGAUUCCCCUAUCUGGUGCUCUUGAAGAAACAGGGGCAAGAGCUGCUGCACAUGGAAGAAUGCCUUGUCAACUGCGGCCCCCUCUUCCGUCUAGGGCAUCUGCAGCCGCUAUGCGAGGCGGCACUCUACGACGAGGCAGACGAAAAGCCAAGCUUCGGCACAAAGGCAAGCAAACUGUGGAUGCAAGCAAGGGGUGUUUUCGCGGGCAGAGAAGCACUCAAGGCCCUUCAAGAGGCUUUGUUGAGAGGGAGAUAUGAGCCAAUGCGCUUACGAGGAAAUGCCGGUGCUCAAGCUUUGCGCGAUGGACUGGGAGGAGAGGCCUGA